UUAAAAUGGAUCAACCGUGAGGAUGUCACCAAGUUCAUAAAUGUGUCAUCAUACAGCCUGUUAUCUAUAACUAAACCUGUUGUAUCAUACAGCCUGUUAUCUAUAACUAAACCUGUUGUAUCAUACCGCCUGUUAUCUAUAACUAAACCUGUUGUAUCAUACAGCCUGUUAUCUAUAACUAAACCUGUUGUAUCAUACAGCCUGUUAUUUAUAACUAAACCUGUUGUAUCAUACAGCCUGUUAUCUAUAACUAAACCUGUUGUAUCAUACAGCCUGUUAUCUAUAACUAAACCUGUUGUAUCAUACAGCCUGUUAUCUAUAACUAAACCUGUUGUAUCAUACCGCCUGUUAUCUAUAACUAAACCUGUUGUAUCAUACAGCCUGUUAUCUAUAACUAAACCUGUUGUAUCAUACCGCCUGUUAUCUAUAACUAAACCUGUUGUAUCAUACAGCCUGUUAUCUAUAACUAAACCUGUUGUAUCAUACAGCCUGUUAUCUAUAACUAAACCUGUUGUAUCAUACAGCCUGUUAUCUAUAACUAAACCUGUUGUAUCAUACAGCCUGUUCUAUGUAAUUAAACCUGUUGUAUCAUACAGCCUGUUAUCUAUAACUAAACCUGUUGUAUCAUACAGCCUGUUAUCUAUAACUAAACCUGUUGUAUCAUACAGCCUGUUAUCUAGAACUAAACCUGUUGUAUCAUACAGCCUGUUAUCUAUAACUAAACCUGUUGUAUCAUACAGCCUGUUAUCUAUAACUAAACCUGUUGUAUCAUACAGCCUGUUAUCUAUAACUAAACCUGUUGUAUCAUACAGCAUGUUAUCUAUAACUAAACCUGUUGUAUCAUACAGCCUGUUCUAUGUAAUUAAACCUGUUGUAUCAUACAGCCUGCUCUAUGUAACUAAACCUGCAUUGGUUGUGUCACACAUGCAGAGCAGAGACCAUUGUUCAUUCAGACAGCCAAACAACAGGGAAGGGAACCCCUGGCCUCCACAGACACACAUACAGAUAGUAGUGUCUAACAUUAGAUAUCACAAUGGUCUCUUUGACAUGGGACUGUUACUGGUGGUAGAUAGCUGCAGAUCAUCUGUAGCAGAGCACACAGAGCCCAUGAGCACUGGACUGACCCCCUCACCCAGGAGCACUGGGCUGACCCCCUCACCCAGGAGCACUGGGCUGACCCCCUCACCCAGGAGCACUGGGCUGACCCCCUCACCCAGGAGCACUGGGCUGACCCCCUCACCCAGGAGCACUGGGCUGACCCCCUCACCCAGGAGCACUGGGCUGACCCCCUCACCCAGGAGCACUGGGCUGACCCCCUCACCCAGGAGCACUGGGCUGACCCCCUCACCCAGGAGCACUGGACUGACCCCCUCACCCAGGAGCACUGGGCUGACCCCCUCACCCAGGAGCACUGCACUGACCCCCUCACCCAGGAGCACUGGGCUGACCCCCUCACCCAGGAGCACUGGACUGACCCCCUCACCCAGGAGCACUGGACUGACCCCCUCACCCAGGAGCACUGCACUGACCCCCUCACCCAGGAGCACUGCACUGACCCCCUCACCCAGGAGCACUGCACUGACCCCCUCACCCAGGAGCACUGGGCUGACCCCCUCACUCAGACACUGGAGUCUUCUGUGAUUACUUGUACACUAGGC